AUGAAGGGGGGAGAGAACAAGGAAAAUUUGUACUUUAAGCUAUAUGAAUAUAUAACCAAAAUAGAAAAUUUUUCGUGCGACAAAAUCAACUUUGAAAGAGAAAAAAAUAAAAUAAUAUGUGCCAGAAGAAAUCAAAAAUUAAGUGAGAAUGAAAAGGAAAAAAGUAAAUGUGAACUACAAGAAGAUGCAAAUGCUAUUUGUAACGGUAAAAGUAGAGCGUUUAAAGAAAAUCAAAAAAAAGUAGUUAAUCAUACGAGUGGUUUUUAUGAUAAUGAGAGUAGCGCCUAUCCUUGUAACGUUCCAGAAGACAUAGAAUGUACAUCUUAUGAAGAGGUAAGUAUGUCUUUCUCUUUUACGGAUAGUGACGAAAGUAGUGAAGGAGAAGACGAAAUAUGGGAUAAUACAAAUAACGAUAAGCUUGGAAAUGCAGUUAUUAAUUGUACUCAAGGUAAAGAUGAGACAGUUGUAUUCCCCGAUAUAAAAUUAAAUCCUAAUAAUAAAGAGGAUGAUGAGUUUUCAUGUGACUCGCUUCUCAAUUUUUCGUCUGAUGAAAAGGAUAAAAAGAAAAGUUAUAAUACAUCAAAUUAUUAUACACAUAAUAUAACUUCUAAACAUAGUGAGAGUAAAAAUGACAAAAUAUAUGAUAGUAGUAACCCUUGUGAAAUACACGAAGGAGACGUAAUAGACGUAAGUAAUACUAGCAAUAACAGAAGAGACAGUGAUACAUACACAGAAAUAGAAAAUUAUUAUUUAAUUUAUAAAAUGAAUAGAAGAAUGGAGGAGCACAAAAGUAUAAAUGAAAUAAAAACUAUAAAGAAUAAAAGAAUUUUACAUUUAUCAGAAAUAUUUAAAAAGAUCGAUACCAUUUUAAGCUGUUAUAAAGAAAUAAAAAACGAGGUACAUACAUUAGUAAAGAAUAAACAAUUUAUUUAUAAAACGUUUUAUUCUAUUUUUCUAAAUUAUUAUUAUAGGUAUUCAGAAAUUAAAUUAAUGAAAGUUAACAAAGGCAGAAUUGAACGUUACCUUCAAUAUUAUACCAACAUAGAACAGUUUGAAAUUAUUAUGAGCAAUAUAGAGAAAAACCAGUACGCAUAUUUCUUAGAUAUAUAUAAUAACUCCUUUCUGAAGAACAGAACAACAAACACAGAUGAAGCGUGUGAUAAGGGCAGAGGCGCGAAAACAAAUGGGGGCAGCGACGACGGGAGGGACACAGAGGAAUGUACGGAAGAAAGCGAUUAUACGGACGAUGAAUUGGUAAGCGGUCAUACUGACGAUGAAUUGGUAAGCGGUCAUACGGACGAUGAAUUGGUAAGCGGUCAUACUGACGAUGAAGCGCUAAGUGGUCAUACGGACGAUGAAUUGGUAAGCGGUCAUACUGACGAUGAAGCGCUAAGUGGUUGUAGUGAUGAAGAACUGGUAAGCGGUAAUAGUGACAGUAACAAAAAGGUUGAGGAAAGAGGUACGAAGAAGGCAAGUGAAGAGGCAUACAGUAACGAUGAUGAAAAUGAAUAUUUGUUUAACAACAUAGAUGAUGACGAUAAUAAAAUAUUCUCAAACGGGGAUGAUCAGAAGCAUUCAAAAUAUGUAUCCACGGAAGGUGACUCUUACGUAAUACCAAGAAGUCAAUGUAUGGAUCAGAAAUAUGAAAUGAAUAAAUGUAUGAACGAAAAACGUAUGAACGAAAAAUGCUUGGACGAAAAAUGCUUGGACGAAAAAUGCAUGGAAGAAAAAUAUAUGGAAGAAAAAUAUAUGGAAGAAAAAUAUAUGGAAGAAAAAUAUAUGGAAGAAAAAUGCAUGGACGAAAAAUAUAUGAGCAAAAAAUGCAUGGACGAAAAAUAUAUGAGCAAAAAAUGCAUGGACGAAAAAUAUAUGAAUAGAAAAGGGUAUGCUUAUCGUAAAUUAUUAAAAAAUCAAUCAGGAAGAAGUAAAAAUUUCUUGGGCAAUUUUCCCCCACAAUCUGAUGAGUAUAGGCAGGAAAAGUAUGAAAGCAUAAAUAGAGGCAAUGGAUUAAAGAAAGAACUGUAUCGAGGUUUACAAAAAAGAGGAGGGGGGAAAAAUGGAAAAACACAAAAAAGGAAAACGAAUGGGAUGAGCAAACCAAAUAGGUUGAAUAAGAUUUACAAGUUGAAUGGAACGGACAAGCGGAGUGGACCCAAGAAGUUAGAAAAGUUGAAGGGAAAAAAUGAAAUUUACUAUAUGCUUCAGUUCUCAGAAAAAGCUAUAAAAUUUUUUAAAAAGAAUGGCACAUAUUUGAACGCCAAGUCCAAGCUGGCCAAAUAUCAAUCCAUUAUUAAGAGAAUUUUGAAGUGCGUUAUAAAUUUAUUUAGGGAUGUUUUAAACAAUGCAGAUUUGAAUAUUCCUUGUAGCAGUGACGUUUUUGAUAGUAAUAAUUCUCUUCGCGAUAGCACGUUUUGCGAAAAGAAGGCAAUGAUAGAGCUACCACAAGAAAGCUACAAAAAAGUAAAAAAUAAAAAUGAACAUGAGGGUGAACACAGUUGUAAAUACGAACAUGAAGAGGGUAAUAGGUACAUUAGCGAAAUCCACUCAGGAAGGGGUGGAGAACCUGCGUCUUGCGAAGUUAAAGGAGUAUCGAACAUAAACAAAUCAAACGUAAGUAUAAGUAAAAUGGGUAAAGGGCACACCAUAACGAAUGAAUAUAAUAUGGAAGGACAUAACCUAGUAGUGGAACACUACCAAGCUGAUAAUGUCAAAACAAAAGAUAGCGCAGUGAAAGAAUGCAACUUGAAUCUAAUUCGAGGACAAAAGGAUGGAGAAAACACAAACACCUUGCCAUGUAUCGACAAUAUCGUUACAAAUGAAACUUUAUUAUUACUAACAGAUGACGAAAACGAGAUUAACAAAAUAUACAACAAUAUGAACAUGAUAUAUUUCAGUAAAUAUAUAAACGAAUUUGAAUAUUACAAAAAGUACAAAAUAAAAUGUGGUUGUAUGAAAGAUAUUAUAAAUUACAUAUAUAAAAAAUCAAUGAUUGAUGAAAAUAAUUUAUAUGUAGAUGAUUAUAACACAUUGGAAAGUUUUUACACAAGUACGAGAUUAAAAAUUUUAAAUAAUAAUAUAAUAAGAAAUUUUGACUAUUUCUCAAAUAGUGAUAUAUGUAAAUACAUAAAAAAUGUUUGUCUAUUAUCUAUAUAUAUUUCAAAAUUAGAAAUAGAUUUAUUUCUUAGCAUAUUUAACAAUAGUUUUCUUCACUCCUCUCUUAGUAUUAUAUUAAACGCUAUUGGUGUAUCUGUAUAUGACAAUAUUAGUCAGAAUAUUUACGAAUUAAAUAAUAUACAAAUUAUAAGAAAAAUUAUUCAAAUUAUUUAUGUAGAUAUUAUAGAAAUAUAUGGCGAUAAUUUAUAUAGUACUAUACGAGAUUAUUUAAUAAAAAUCUGUAAAAUUUUAAAAGACAGAUUAUUAUACAUUAUUGAAAUGUAUAUUUCGUACUACACAAAAAAUAUCUCUUCUACUAUUCCAUACACAUGUUUCAAACCGAUAAAAAAGAAAUUCAAAGAUAUGGUUAACGAGUUCUUAUAUGACGAGUAUUUACUUACAAAUAAUACUGGUGAACGGUGCAAUUAUGUUUGUGAAAAAGAAAAGGAAGAAGCAGACCUCGACAUAUCGAACAAUACAGUUGGGUCUUCAAAUGGCAUACCUCCUCUAUGUAGCAGUAAUAUCAAUAACAAUAGUACUAUCAUUCACAAUAACAAUAGUAGUAACAAGGUGAAUGUGGAAAUGAGUUGUCUUAGCACGUGCAAUAACCGAUCUCGUCAAAAUUGUGGGGAAAAUGUAAGUGAUAAUCAAAGCAGAGGUAAUUCAGACGAUGAUUCUAGUGAGAGUAUAGAUAUUGAACAUAAUUACAAAGAGCAUGAAUAUAAUAUUAAUGUAUUAAAUGAAAAUAGUGUAUACAAACCCUUUUCCUUCCUUAACUGUUAUUAUAACAAAGAUACAAAAUUUUCACUAACCGGUGUAGAUAUCAACAUAAUAGGUACAAUAUUAAUUUUAAAAACUAUAAAUUUUAUAAUGGAGGAAAGCACCUUUAUGGAUCUGUUCAAUGAGUGCUUAGAUAAUACUUAUAACUCGAUCAUUAAUAUUUACAAACAGCAUCUUAAAAAUCAUGAUGGAGAUAUGAUUAAUGCAAGUUUGUACUUAAUUAAAAAUUUAAGUUUUCUCCUUUACUUAUUUUACAAAGUUACUAAUGAUAAGGAUUUUUUAAACCUGUACUUAGAUAAGGAGCUAACAGAACAUCUUCUACAUGAAGCCGCAAAAAAAGAAAGAACUUAUCUCAAACAGAGGGGAAAAGAUAAGAAUAAAUCAACGGGGGAGAAUGAAAACUCCAUUUUUUAUUUUAUUAAAAGAGUUUACAAUUUGUCAUCCACCAAUGAUAUACAGAGUAAAAUACUGGCUUCAUUUAAUGAAAAUAUAUAUAACUUCACAUUAACGACGAUUUCGAUAGUUUGUGCCCCUCUAAUUAAAAUUUUGUCGGCCGAAUAUGAUGACAAGACUUCCGAAAAAGAAGAAGAGAUAAAAAACGUGGUGCAUAAGUUUAUGAACGAAAAAAAAAAAAAAGAUGAAGAUAAUGAACAACUUAAUUAUGUAAAGGUAGACUUCGCAUUUUUGAGUGAAAUAAGUUUUGAGUUGCUAGAAAAAUACGCAAUAAUGGUUAAAGGUGAAAAUGGUAAAAAUUGUGAAUACAGCAAAAAUUACAAAAAUGACAAAAAUGGUAAAAAUAUGGAUAACGCAAAAAAAGGCCUACAACUUUUCCGGCACCAAAUUUAUUUUUUGUUUCCAAAGAUAUAUUUUUACGUUAAAUUAUUUAUAUGCUCAAAUGCUGAUAAAUAUAAGGAAAAUCAUUUUUUCCCCUCCUUAUUUAACUACAUUAUAGGUGUUUUAAAAUAUAAAAUAAUAUAUCUGUUGAGUGAGCUGUACAUAAUGCUACGAUGCAAAUAUGGCAAACAAAUUGGAACUAUUUUUGAGGGGAAUUAUAUCAAGGACAUAUUUCUUUUUUUAAACUCGAGUGAGCAGUAUUCGUGUGUAUUUUCAGACGUUCAUCAGUAUUACGAUACAAACAAAAAUUAUAAUUUUUUAAGUGAAUAG